GCUAGAUAAUUUUUGAUGUAUGGUGUGGUUUGAUAGAGAUGUAACUUAAAAUAAAUGAACAAAAGAAACCUAAGGUGACCCCGUUUUUCACAAUUAUACACAUGUUUAACAAAUAGCCAUUAAAAUUGGGGUUUAGUUACCAUGAAAUAUUGGUAGAGACAACUAAAUUUACACGAGGCAGUUAUAGGGUUAGAGGCAAACCCUAACUCAACUCACAACCAAAGAUCGUCUCACCAGCCCGUGAAUUAUGGGAUUGCCACCGCCAUUUGUCACCUCUAUCAUUUUAAUAGCUACGCAUGCAAAACCUAUAUUUAUACAUACUUAGAUGCCCCACCUGAUCAUGAUCAUGGUGACUGAGAGUGAGACUGUAAAUGUCACUGGUAAGAGAGAGAAGACAUCAGAAAGCUCUAAAACUGUCCCUGCCGCCACCUGUUACCGCAGCCGAGUUCCGCCAUAGGAGCCCGCUACCGUCUCCUUUAUCGUCAACAUCCACCGAGUCCCCCGGCAUUGACACUCUCUUUGACCUCGAGAAAUUGGCGGUUCUUGGCCAUGGCAAUGGUGGCACGGUCUAUAAAGUCCGGCACCGGCACACUUCGUCGCUCUACGCGUUGAAAGUCCUAAAGUUCGAUGAAGAUGCAAUUGCAGUUCGGCAACAGGCGGCGAGAGAGGCGGAAAUCCUCAAACGAGUUGACUCACAGUUCGUAGUGAAGUGUCAUGGAGUUUUUGAUAAUGGGUUGGGCGAUCCAGAAUGUGUUGGGUGUGAUCUCUGCUUCGUCAUGGAGUACAUGGAAGCAGGAUCACUGCAUGACGUCUUGAGCAUACAUCGGAGAUUGACUGAGAGAGCAAUCUCCGGCAUAGGCAGACGUGUUCUGGAAGGUUUGCACUAUUUGCAUGGAAUGCAGAUAGUUCAUAGAGACAUAAAACCGUCAAACUUGUUGAUAAACAACAGAGGAGAGAUAAAGAUUGCGGAUUUCGGGGUCAGCCGAGUUGUGGCAGGGAAGCUCGAACCGGCCAACUCCUCUAUGGGAACAUCUGCAUACAUGAGUCCUGAAAGAUUGGACCCAGAGAGGUGGAACGGACAUUACUCCGAUGGGUUUGCCGGAGAUGUUUGGUCGCUUGGGCUGGUGGUGCUGGAAUGCCAUGUGGGUUAUUUUCCGUUGAUCAGUCCGGGGCAAAAGCCAGACUGGGCAACGUUGAUGUGUGCCAUUUGCUUUGGAGAGAAGAUGGAGAUGCCCGAGACGGCGUCACCGGAGUUUCGGAGUUUUAUGAGGAGAUGUUUAGAGAAGGAUUGGAGGAUGAGAGGGACAGUAACAGAGCUUCUUAGCCACCCUUUUGUGACAAAAGAAUCUAGUAGUGCAACUGAAGAGUUGGUUGGUUAUGCUUUGGAAGGUUGAAUCACCAUCUUGAAAGUAGGGAAUUUAAAAAGGAAGAAUAGAAUCUUUUCAUUUCAUAGCAAUUUUUUAUUUAUUUCUGUUCUUAAUUCUGUGCCGAGAAAGUAGAGAGGAGAGAGGAGAGAUGGGAAGAAAUAAAUUUGGCUAAUUUCUUUUGGAAAUUGUCAACCCGCCCAACCUGUCGGUUCAAAACUACUAGAAUUUUCAACCACCUGUGUAGGUUGGCAGCGGAUGAAAAAAUAGGCAACCUGCCAAGAGCGAUUCGGCUGAAAAUAUUUCUCCCAACCCCCCGGUUUGGAGGCUGUGCAAGAUGGCAGCGGGUGAAAAAAUAGUCAACCUGCCGAGAGCGGUUUGGCUGAAAAUUUGGCUGAAAAUAUGUCUCUCCCAAUCCACUCAAACUGAACCCUGCAGACCCUAGAAUUCAAAUUAACCGCAUUCAGCAAAAGAAGGUGUUAAUAUAUAAUGUAAUGUAUAUAGUAUAAUGUAUAAUGUAAUAGUAUAUUAUAAGAUAAAACAUAGAAAGCAUAGGGCAUAGGAUUCUCUUCUUCUUUCGGUUGUAAAGAA